AUGAAUUCUAUCUUAUUACCUUACUUUCCUGCCCUUCAACUACCUUUCCCCCACUUCUCUCACCGUCAUCAAUUACAGCCUCUAUGCAUUUCCAACACCAGGGGCAAUCGUUAUGCUUGCCAAAACUCUUCUUUUCCCCAUUCAUUUCAACCCAAUUCGAAAUUUUCCUUUCACAGUCAUCAACCAUUAAUUGCUGCUGCAGUCCCCUCAGAUGAGGGACCUGUAUCUGUAAUCAACUUUGAAGAUUUGAUGGAAAAGGAUUGGUCAUUUCUUGAUGCAGAGGAGUCAAAUUCUAAAGAACAUGACCAAAACAUUGGCCGGAUUAUUUCUGCAGGAGAGAUUGAGGAUACUUCAAGGGUUUUAGUUUCCAUUGGUUCAGAAGGAUUUGUGGAUAGGUUGGUUGAUACAUCGCCCUGCGGUCUUUUGCUUAUUGUCCAUGACUCACUUUUUCUGUUAGUUUGUGUUAAAGAAAAGUACGACAAGGUUAAAUGUUGGCAAGGCGAGCUUAUUCAUGUUCCAGAAAAGUGGGCACCUUUGGAUGUUGUGUUCCUUUACUUUCUGCCAGCUUUACCCUUUGAACUGGAUGAGGUUUUCGGGACACUUGCUAAACGUUGCUCACCAGGUGCAAGAUUGGUUAUUAGCCAUCCCCAGGGAAGGGAAGUUUUGGAGCAGCAAAGGAAACAAUAUCAAGACGUGGUAACUUCAGACUUGCCUGAUAAAAUGGCCUUGCAGAAAACUGCAGCUGACCAUUCUUUUGAAAUGGUUGAAUAUGUGGACGAUCCAGGAUUUUAUCUUGCUGUUUUACGAUUUUCUGAUGCAAGAAACUGA